AUGACGAUGUCGGUGUGGAUGAGGGCGGUGGGUUGGGGUUUAACAGUUGUGCCAAGACUGGUGCGCUGCAGGAACAGAGCGGGUGCCGGUCUUGGCAGAGCUUGGUUGCCUCGUGGCUCUGUACUGUGUUCGGGCGGGUCGCGUAGUCGCAAGUUCGCAACGAGGUCGCCGAGGGGAGGAAACGUCGAUUUCGAAAGAGGAUGA